UGUUGUCGCGCGUAAGGGAGUGGAGCGGUGAAAAAAAGAGGCAGCGUAGCGGCGGACGUAGUGUAGUGUAGUGGCAAGAAAAUCAAGUGAACGAACCAGCAGCCGCCCGCUCCUCAGCACAGACAGGCGAGGCGACACGCAUGAAAACGGGAAGGAGUUCGUGCCAGUAGUCCCCGGUGCAGCUCGGAGCACGGAGGGACCGAUAAACCUGCAAUCGGGCUAGUCUACAGUGGGCGUGUUCAGCCAUGCAGAUGUCGGGCCGGGCCCCCUCACCCCCUUCCCAUGAUUCCUUGAGCUCCAGUGACAGCUUCCUCUUCAGCUCCAGCGACCCGGUGGAGGACGACACAGACGUCUUCCUCUCCUCCUCCUCCUCCUCUCUCUCCUCCCUCUCCUCUCUCUCUUCCCUCUCUGCUCCUCCUCCUCCUCUCCGCUCCUCCCUUGGUUUGACCAGCCCGGGCUCCCAUGCGGCGUGCGACGGGUUCGAUAGGGGGGCGUUCCAUCCAUCGUCCGCCAUCGGUGGUGCCCGGCAACACUCCACUCCUCUCUCCUCCUCUUCCUCCUCUUCAUCCUCCUUUUCCUCCACGUCGGGAGCCUGGAGUGCUUCCGACAGCGAGGGGAUGGCCGGGCUCAGUGAGGGAGGGGCGGGUGUCGGCGACAAUCGCGAGCCGUCGCAAGGAGACCAGCUAUUCGCCAGGAAGUGUUUGGAGUUGCGAUGUUACAUCAGGCCUUUGUUGGAGCUGUUGCAUGGCCUGAAGAACGGACGCUUUGAUAAGGGUCUGAGUAGCUUCCAGCAGAGUGUUGCCAUGGACCGCAUCCAGAGGAUCGUGGGGGUACUGCAGAAACCCAGCGUCGGUGAGAAGUAUCUGCGUACGUUGGUGCAGGUGGAGAUGAUGCUGAAGGUGUGGUUCCCUCAGGUGUCUGCGGCGGCGUCAUCUUCAUCGUCCUCUUCCUCUGCUCUUCCUCUGUUGGCCCGCCGCACCCCCGCAUCCACCCCCCAGACGGCCCCCGCCGCCCCCAGACACACCACCCCCCCACACAAGCACAAGGACCAGCUACACAUGCCUGUCAAGAAGCGUCGGCUAAGCUGGUCAGAGACAGACUCGUCUUCCCCGUCCCCAAUCCUGUCCAAGCGCUUCCAGGUCAGGGGUGGCAUGUGUGAGAGCGCAGAGCAGGGAACCGGUGGCAGUAGCAGCUCACAGCCCCAAUCCCACACAGCACCGGACAACCAGAGGCUGCAACACCAGCAGAACACCCAGCACUGCCUCUCAAACCCGGGGCAUCCAGGCCUCCAUCAACACCCUGACCUGGACGACCCUGAGCCAAAGAAAGACGAGCAGCUUCAGCACCACUUCGAUCCGGACCUGGAGAAGCAUCCGCAUCCCGACCUGCAGCUGCAGCAUCAGGACCACGGUCUGGACCUCGAGCAUCCCCACCCGCUUCAGCAUCAGCUCCAGGACCAGGAAGCAAAGGAGGACAGCCUCGCCCCCCUGGUUCCCCAUUGGCUGGAGCCGAGCCUGACCUGGGUACACGUGUCCCCCAUCCUGUCCCCGCCGACGACGACCGAGAAGGGCAGCUACGUGCUGAUGCUGGCGCCCCCUGGAGGGAGCGACGGUGACGUGCAGAGUCCGGCCAUGCAGGACAGCUGUGUGUCGUCUACCACCGCGGCCCGCUCGCAGCCCCCUAGCCCUCUGUUGCAGGGAGUCAGCAGCCCCCCGCUGUCACUACAGCCCCCCAGUCCCCUCUUGCAGCCCUGCGAGCCCCCGGCCGCCACCCCACCCACACCCCCGCCCGCAUCACCGCGAUGCCGCAGCUCGCCCAGUCAGAGGAGGCGCCGGCCCGUGGCCCCACCAAUCAGAGCGGGGCCUUUGGCCAGGGGGGCGGAGACUGUGCACUAGACGUGACACGCCCCUCCCCUGCCCUGCCCUGCUCUAGAACUGAACUAAUAAAAGCACCUCUGCACUACAGAUGGAAGGAUGUGGAGAGGAGAAGUGGAGGGAUGGGGGGAAAGAGGGAUAGAG